CGCGCCCGGUGAGGCGGGCCGGGACUCGCGGCUCGCACGCCCUUGGGCCGCCGCCGAGCGCGCGCUCUCCCUUCCGCUUCCGACGCGCUGUCCUCCCAACCGGUGGAUGUGCGGCAAUAAUAUGUCUGCUCCGAUGCCAGCCAUCGUGCCCGCCGCCCGGAAAGCCACCGCCGCGGUUAUUUUCCUUCAUGGAUUGGGAGAUACUGGGCAUGGAUGGGCAGAAGCUUUUGCAGGUAUCAGAAGUUCACAUAUCAAAUAUAUCUGCCCACAUGCGCCAGUUAUGCCUGUAACAUUAAAUAUGAACAUGGCUAUGCCUUCUUGGUUUAACAUCAUUGGGCUUUCUCCAGAUUCUCAGGAGGAUGAAUCUGGAAUUAAACGGGCAGCAGAAAAUGUAAAAGCUUUAAUAGAGCAAGAGGUGAAGAAUGGCAUUCCUUCUAACAGAAUUAUUUUGGGAGGAUUUUCUCAGGGAGGAGCUUUAUCUUUAUACACUGCUCUAACCACCCAGCAGAAACUGGCGGGUGUCACUGCACUUAGUUGCUGGCUUCCACUUCAGUCUUCAUUUCCACAGGGUCCUAUCAGUGGUGUUAACAAAGACAUUUCUAUUCUCCAGUGCCAUGGAGAUUGCGACCCUUUAGUUCCCCUAAUGUUUGGUACCCUUACUGUUGAAAAACUAAAAUCGUUGGUAAAUCCAGCCAAUGUAACCUUCAAAACCUAUGAAAGCAUGAUGCAUAGUUCGUGUCAACAGGAAAUGAUGGAUGUCAAGCAAUUCAUUGAUAAACUCCUACCUCCAAUUGAUUGAUGACACUAAGAGGCCUUGUGUAGAAGUACACCAGCAGCAUUGUAGUAGAGUCUAAACUUUUUCCCAUGCCCAAUCUUAAAACUUCUAAUGUUUGCAGUGUUAAAAUGUUUUCUAAAUUUACAUCGGUGAUAUAUAAUAAAUAACGUUUCCUUGUGGGAAAUUUAUGAUCUUUUAAGUUUCUAUACAUGUAUUUGUAUAAUGUGAUCCAGAAUAUACCAGUAUUAAAAUAGGUGAGACAGGACCGGGGAUUUAGCUCAGUGAUUCCACCGCCUGCCUCGCAAGCGGAAGGUCCUGAGUUCGAUCCCCAGUACCAAAAAAAAAAAAAUAGGUGAGACAGCUAGGUUCUUUUUCU